UUUCUUCUUCUCCGCCUGUCUGCCCUCCUGCUUCUCUCCACACAGUACAGUACACACUAGUCCUCUAGUAGUGGCAGCAGCCAACACAAGUGUGUUCAAACCUCUCCUCGUAGCUUCAGUCUCUGUACAAACGAGCCAUUUAUCAUCAAUCAUGGCCGCCGGAGUACAAAUUUAACUCCCGUUUCCCCCCCCCUGUCCGUCUGAAGGGGAGGAUUUUUUUUGUUGUUGGAGGAGACAAAAUUAUUAGUCCCACACACUGAUUUUUUUGAUUUUCCUCUCUGGAAUUACAAUACUUCUCGCAAGGGAAAUACCAUUCAUGUCAAUACUCCAAAAUGCAGCCGCCGCCGAGGAAGGUCAAAGUGACACAGGAGCUGAAAAACACACACACAGAGCAGAUGACGAGACUGCACUUUAAACACCAGAGCGAAUGCGACCUGCUGGAAGACAUGAGGACCUAUAGUCUGAAGAAGGGCCAGCUGGAGAGGGACUAUGCACAGGCUCUGCAGAAGUUAGCGAGCCAAUACCUAAAGAGAGACUGGCCUGCAAUCAACCCUGAUGACCAGAGAACAGACUACAGGAAUGUGUAUGCAGUGUGGAGGUCCUACUUAGAAGGUACAGUGCAGGUGAGCCAGUCCAGGCUCAACGUGUGCGACAACUACAAAAGCCAAGUGUCGGAGCCCGCUAAGACCGUCAGACUCUACAAGGAGCAGCAACUCAAAAAGACCAUAGAUCAGUUGAGCGGAAUUCAAGCAGAGCUGCAGGAGUCGGUGAAGGAGUUGGCCAAAGCCAAGAAAAAAUACUACGACUGUGAGCAGGUUGCCCACGCUGUACGAGAGAAGGCUGACAUAGAGGCCAAGUCUAAACUGGGUCUAUUUCAGUCAAGAAUUAGUUUACAGAAAGCAAGUGUUAAGUUGAAAGCUAAGAGAAGUGACUGUAACUCCAAGGCGACACAAGCCAGGAAUGACUACUUGCUAACGCUAGCUGCUGCCAACGCUCACCAUGACCGCUACUACCAUACAGAUCUACUGCACUGCAUACAGGCCUUGGAUGGCAGGAUCUAUGAGCAUGUGAAAGACUACCUGGUAGAGCUGAGUCGUACCGAGCUAGAGGCCUCGCAAGCCACACACAACACCUUCCAGUUCUUGUUGGACAAAUCCACAAGGAUAAUACAAGAAUACAACCAGCAGUUGUUCAUGCAGGAGAACCCAGUGUUUCACAAAGCACACGACUUCCAGUUCCAGCCCAGUGAAUGUGACACGACUCUGAGCUCGGUGCCGCAGUUGGUGGACAUUGAGCCGUCGCCCGUCAGUGCCAUGAGAAUGACCCUAGCACAGAGUCGUCAGCUGGAGUCGGAUACGGGGACGACGGAGGAGCAUAGUCUGAACAAGGAGGCCAGGAAAUGGGCCACCAGGGUGGCCCGAGAACACAAGAACAUCAUACAUUACAAGAGAUGUCUGGAGGAGUGUGAGAGCCAUGGCUUGCCCUCUACAGAGCAGGGCAGACUGGACCUGGAGUUGAAGAUAGAAGACACCAAAGAAAACAUACGCAAAGCUGAGACAAUAAAGUUAAAAGCCGAGGCUCGGUUGGACCUGCUACGGCAAGUGGGAGUUGCUGUGGAUACCUGGCUGAAGAGCGCCAUGAACCAGGUGAUGGAGGAGCUGGAGAAUGAACGUUGGGCCAGCUACACUUCCCACGACCCCUCACUGUCGGGCACAGUGGAUUUGGAGCGUGAGGAGGGAGAGGAGUGUGAAGAAAACAUGGAGGUUUUUGACGACAGCAGCUCCAGUCCCUCAGGAACCCUCCGAAACUACCCGCUAACCUGCAAAGUCCUGUACUCGUACAAGGCCUCUCAGCCGGAUGAGUUAACUAUUGAUGAACAGGAGAUGCUGGAGGUCAUUGAAGAUGGAGACAUGGAGGACUGGGUCAAGGCUCGUAAUAAGUCGGGUCAUGUGGGUUAUGUCCCAGAGAAAUACCUGCAGUUCCCGACCUCCAACAGUCUGCUGAGCAUGCUCCAGUCUCUGGCUACACUGGAUGCUCGAUCUCACACCUCGUCCAAUUCCACCGAGCCGGAGCUGCACUCCGGCUGCAUCAAUGGAGACAUAAACAUGAUAUUUGUCCGUGCACUUUAUGAUUACGAGGGCCAGGCAGACGAGGAACUCUCCUUUUCCGAGGGAGCGGUGAUCCGCCUGUUGAGCCGCGACACUCAGACAGACGACGGCUUCUGGGAGGGCGAGCUCAACGGACGGGUUGGCGUCUUCCCCUCCGUGCUGGUAGAAGAUCUCACUGAGAACGGGGAGACCAGUGGAGGAGGGCCUGGUGACAUACAGAUUUCUCCGUCUCUGAAGUUGCCGUGUUCUCUGCCACAUCUCCCGCUGUAUGAACAACCUCCCAUCAGCCCUUUCACCAGCCCCGAGACCUCCACCCCGCCUCCUCUCCCACGCUCGCCCUCCGCCGCACUUAACGGGGAGCACAAGCCCCCACCAUCCGCCUCGUCACACAAGGGACCGCUACCCACCCACAAUCAAAGCUCUGGCAAGAGUCCAGUGUCUCCAGGAUUUCCUCAGCCACUGCGAUUCACCCCUGAAGGAGGCCCGGGCAAACUACGACCUGUGCGAGCUGCUCCUCCUCCACCCAAACAGCACCCCCGCCGAUCGCAGGAGAAGAGCGAGAAAACAGAGGAGGUGGAGAUCACACUGGUGUGACAGACAGACAAGCUGGCAGGCAGUUGUAGAGACAAAAAAAACAAAACAGAUGACAGACUGACGCAUCCUACAGACUGGAAAACUGAACUGCUCUGAACUUAAGUCAGCUUUAAACAAAGUGAUGUGAAGAGAACUGAACCAUGGCCUCGCCACAUCUUCUCUCCUCCUCAAGUUGAGGAGGAGAGCAAAGAGAGGGGUUGAAGGCAGUGUAUCCAAUUGAAUAAUCUCCGUAUUAGCUUCCUAAUGAAGUGCAGCAGUAGCCGCCCCCCGCGUCCCUCUCUGCCCUCAACCCGUCCUUCCAUUCUUGCCUUAAAACUUUACCUCAUCGGGCAGCAAACCAGAGCACACUGAAGAGGAGGAAGAAUGUUAAGAGAGGGAGGAGCAUGAGGGAAAGUUAAUGAUGGGUUUGGCAAGUUUUCUUUUAUCUUGUUAACGCCUACUUCGAGUUAUAGUAAAGCAGUUUAUCCCUCUGUACAGGAAGACCAUUUUGCUACAUAUGAGAAAUUCCACUGUUAACCAAUGAUAAGGAAAUGUGUGAAAAGUUAUGGAGCCCUGAAACUGACAACAUGUAGUAAAGAGCUACACUACAUGUACAGAGGACAAGUCAACAAUUUAAUACAUAAUAAAAUUGUUAGCUAAAAAUGUAAAUGGAUUGUAGAAAGAAAAACAACGUUUUACGCUAAUAUUUAAUUAUUUAUUUAAUUUUCUCCCUGCAACAUUUGUUUUUCCUCAAAUUGUCCUUUUGAAAAUUGCUUAUAUUUUGAUCAAAGAAGAGGGCUGUGUAGCUAGCUUGCUUAACUGACAAACACUGGGAACUAAACACACCGCGCACUAGCCUUUUCAGCUAGCUACCUUAAACUGUCUACCUUAAACUGUUAUAAACUGCAUUUUAGCCUGCAAACUCACAAAGCUAGCUAGCUAGCUUGGAGAGCUUGGAACUUUUUAAAUUUAGUUCAUUUGACAUUUUGAGAAAAGCAUAGAACUCCCACACAUGUUGAGGAUGACACAAUAACGACCAAGAUUUAUUUCCACGGUGGUCGUCAGUAAAGACGAGAGAAAUACACUCACAGGUGAAAAUGCUGUGAAGAUGGAGAGAGUGUCUCUAUAGUCUGAACUUCCAAGUAGCGUAGCAAGUAGCUUGCUGGCUAAAAUGCUAUAGCUACAGUUACAAGACUUUAUAUGUUAAUGGUACAGCAGUAGCCUUUGCGGUACAGUAUAUUGCUGAUCAACAUUUGGAGCAGUAGCUGGUGUAGUUUUUAUGCCAAAAGCCAGCUUCAGCUUGGUAGCUAGCAAAAAAGGUUUUUGCUAAAUUUAACCACCAAUUUCUAGGUAAGCUUGCUAAAGCAACGUUAGCCACAUAGUGCUAUGUAAGAUGAAAAUUAGGGAAUAGAUAAAAAAAAAAAAAAAAAGUAAGUGUGCCGAUACCACAAAAGUUUUUUUAAGUAUGUUUUGGACUUAAAUGACAUCUUUUACUACAGUCUGAGUGUUGGGGCUCCAUAUAAAGUAAGCUUGAUGACAGUCAAUAAGUAUAAAACUUGCCAAACGUGUCAUGUUUUUUGAUUGAAGUUGAGGGUGAAGUAAAUGGACAGAGAAACUGGGUGGUGUGUGGACGCAGUGUCCCCCCCCCCCCCCCUCGCCAGCCCUUCCCUCGCCAUAUAUAAACUCCUUAUCGUCAAACGUAUUCAAUGUGUAUUAGUACAGUACAUUACUGUUGUCAUAGGAAUGUUACGCACAGAGUUUCAUGUAGACUAACUCAGCUGAUUGGAAUACCAUGUCUGAUAUGUAGUGGAUGUUUAUCCUCAUCUUAUACUGAAAGGGCAUUGUAAAUACAGUGUGAUGGAGAGAUGAAAGAAGAGAAGGGAAGGAGGGGAUGGAAGAACAAGAGAGAAAAUAGAGGCUGGAUCCUCCUUUCUGCU